AUGGGAAACAUGUCGAGGGGCGGCUAUCACUUCGCUAGGAUGCCUGCUGUUACCAUCGCCAACGUGCUCAAGCUCAGGGCUCUGCGGGACGUGAUAUCGUGGAAGCACAACGAGACAAAGACCGUCCACAGGAUAGUGGCCGCCAAGGUGCUUAGCGUCUGGGAGAGGCACCACCCUGGUGAGGCGAAGCAGCUGAACGAGCUCCUGCGAGAUGGCGACGUCGACAAAGACCUCAUCUUCCAGGUGGGGAACGCGGGCCCCACGGCGGUGUACAAGGCUUCCGAGCUGCGGACGGUUUACGCCCGGCGGGCCACGGAAGCCCCGCUCCUCAUCGCCGGCUUCACGGAGGAGCAGCUCAAGGCCUCGACCGCGGAGGGCGGGGAGCAGUUCUACGCGGACGAGCUCGAGGAGGCAGGCGAAGAAGAAGUUUCGGACGCAGAAGAUGGAGAGGAAAAAGCUGCUGCUGACGCGGUGGCCGAGGGGAUGGGCAGGGGAAAGCGCGCUCUUAAUAGCAGCAGCAGCGACGCGGCAGCAGCGGGAAGGGGAGAUUAUUCCAUCCCUACCGGGAAGCGAGCGUACCGGCGGAGAACUGUUGUCGGCGGUUCCCCUCCUUCGCCCCCGCCGCCGCCGCCCGCUCGCUCGUCUUCCGCUUCGCCGAGACCGAGGAGGCGUCGGCGAAGCAGGGUCAAGGAGGUCGUGGCCAGCGACGGCAAGUGUUACACCCUGCCACUGUGCGUCCGCGAGAAGGGCAAGAAGCUCAACCUCUACGUCUCGCUGCGGGCCCACAGGGUGGACGGGGACUCGCUCUUCACGGACCCCUCGGCGGAGAACGCGCCGCUGCAGAGGCCGUACGGCCGGGCGGACAUCACCCGCGAGAACUUGCUAGCACUGAGAGCGGUUCGGGACCUGGUGUAUCGCAGCCCCACAGUACACCCGAUCAUCGCGGCGGACGCCUUCGAGAUCUGGGAGAACGUGCACGCCGCCGAGACCCCGCGCCCGGACGACGACACCGUGGUCAUCUCUGGCGCGAGGACGGCCGACGGCAACUUCGUGCCGCAGGAAAAGUUUACGGUCGGAGAGCUCCGGAGGCUCCGGGGCGUGGAGAGGCGCAAGGCGGUCGACGACCUGCUUGACGGCAUGCUUCGGUCGCCCUCCGUCAUGGCCGGCGAGCUCGAGGAGGCCACCCCAACGCCCGCCGCCGCCGCCGCCGCCGCCGCGGCGGCGUCCGCUGAUGCUCGUGCGGAGAGGCUUUACGGAGGAGGAGGCGGCGGGGGAAGAGGCGGGGGGUCGUCGGCGUCGUCUGGUUCGAAGAAGAUGAAGAUUUCGCGGCAUAAACUAAGCGGUGGUAGUGCUUCCGGUGUUGCUGCGGCGGCCGUGCCCGCCCACGAGAUGCCCGCCACGGCGGUUUCAUCCUGCUCGUAUUCUUCGUCGUCUUCUGUGUCUUCCUCGCCGGGGGUCGGUGGCGGCGGUAGGGCAACGACGCGGGCGUCGAAGAGGAAGAAGCCGUCGAGGCUGGAGGAUGAAGACGAGGAGGAAGAGGAAGAAGAGGAGGAGGAGGAGGAGGAGGAGGAAGCUGGUGGCACCUCCGGCGCCACGGGCAGGCCGGCGGGAGGAGGCGGGGCGGUGGCGGUAGUGGGGAGGGGCUCGAAGCGACGGUCUCUUGGCCGAGUGGAGGAAGAAGAGGGCUGGGGAGCCGCUGCCGACGCCGGUGCGGCCGACCCGUACCCGUUCUACCGCCAGGGGAAGAAGCCCGGGGAGGUCAAGGGAAGACGGAAGGGUGACUGGCGGAUGGACGGCGGCGGCAAGGAAUGA